AUGACAGUCAUUAUCAAGUUUUUCUUUUUAUUUACGUUGUUAUUAGCAGCAGUUGUUAUCCCGUCAUUUUCAGUUCAGGCUGAUAACAGUCUUGCACCUUUGAUAACUUAUCCGGAUGGUGAAGCCAUUCCCAACCAAUAUAUCGUGGUGUUCAAAGAAGGAGUCGCCGACAAAAAAGUAAACAAACAUCAUGACGACAUUAAUGCCCUGCUCUACGAGGAAAAAAAAAGAUUCAAACGAGGGUUGUUGAAUGAAUUAAUUUCUGGUAUUGAAUACACUUAUGACUUUGAUACGUUCCAAGGCUAUGCUGGUUACUUCCCAGAAAACGUGUUGACCAAGAUCAGAGAGAGUGAUGAUGUUGCAUUUGUUGAGGAAGAUCACCAAGUAUUUCCAAACGUUGUUCAAAAAAAUGCUCCAUGGGGUCUUGCUCGUAUAUCGCAUCGUGAGCGAUUGGUCCGGGACACAUAUAACAAAUACUUGUAUGAUGAAACCGCUGGAAAAAAUGUUACGGUCUACGUACUCGAUACAGGAGUGAAGAUAGAUCACGCAGAAUUUCAGGGACGUGCUCGAUUUGGUGCCAAUUUUGUACGGGGUGAGCCUGACACUGACAUCAACGGGCACGGAACUCAUGUUGCUGGGAUCGUUGCCGGAACUACAUUUGGAGUCGCCAAAAAGGCUCACAUUGUUGCUGUCAAGGUUUUGGGUAGGCGGGGUGGUUCAAACAUGGCUGUUAUUAAGGGUAUAGAAUGGGCUGUGAGGGAUCACAGGAAAGCCGUUGCAGAAGCCAAAAGAACAGGGAAAAUAUUUAAAGGUUCUGUCAUUAAUAUGAGUUUGGGAGGUCGUAAGAGUCUCGCUUUGAAUAAGGCUGCUAACGAUGCUGUCGAUGCUCAAGCUGUCGUCGUCGUAGCCGCUGGCAACGGUAACGCCGAUGCUUGCAAAUUCUCACCAUCUGGAGCCGAAAAAGUAAUCACUGUUGCCGCUUCCACGAUUGAAGAUACGCGCGCUUGGUUCUCCAAUUGGGGUAUAUGUGUCGAUCUUUUCGCUCCUGGCAAAGAUAUUUUGUCGGCCUGGAUAGGAUCUAACACGGCUACAAGAGUCGUCUCCGGUACUUCCAUGGCAUCUCCGCACGUAGCUGGUCUUGCUGCCUAUUUCCUCGCUUUGAGCCGAACCCCGUUAAAACCAUAUCAAGUUCUUAUGAAGCUUAUUUUUGAAGCUACAAAUAAUGCUCUCUGCGAAGUCUCGAGCAGUCCUAAUCUCCUGGCAUAUAAUGGCUUCGUGCACAGUGAGAUUAGGGAUGACUUAUUGUCUUGGAAAUAA